AUGUCCAACAAACCAUCCGACCUGGAGUUGGAGAAGAAGAAACAGAAUGGUCUCGACACCAGUCCUUCUCGCAUGCCAGCCGACACCCACGCCGAACAUGCCGGUCAGUCCGAUGACGAUAGCGAACAGCAUGGGAAGUUUCGCGGAGACGGGAAGCGAGAGCUUACCGAGGAUGAUUGCUACGACAAGCUGGGAUUUAGCUUUCCCUGGUACAAGAAAUGGUCUAUUCUCACGGUGAUUUUCACCGUGCAGAUGUCCAUGAACUUCAACAGCAGUGUCUACCCGAACGCUGUCACUCCGUUAUCCGAACACUUCUCAGUUAGUGAACAGGCCGCGAGGGUGGGACAGAUGAUAUUCUUGGUCGCCUAUGCCUUUGGAUGCGAGCUAUGGGCCCCGUGGAGUGAGGAGUUUGGGCGAUGGCCGAUCAUGCAGGCCAGUUUGUUCCUAGUCAACAUCUGGCAAAUCCCUUGUGCCUUGGCUCCCAACUUCGGGACCAUCGUUGUCGGCCGCUUCCUCGGCGGCUUGAGCUCGGCCGGCGGUUCGGUCACUCUCGGUAUGACGGCUGAUAUGUGGGAGCCCGAUGACCAAGGGUUUGCCGUCGCCUAUGUGGUCUUGUCUUCCGUCGGCGGAACCACCAUCGGCCCCUUCUUUGGCGGUAUGAUCCAGCAAUGGCUGGAUUGGCGCUGGAACUUCUGGAUCCAGCUCAUCUUUGGCGGCGUGACUCAGUUGGCGCAUUUCUUCCUCGUCUGCGAAACUCGCUCCAGCAUCCUUAUCGAUCGCGAGGCGAAACGCCGUCGCAAGUCUGGCGAAGACACCAACGUGUACGGUCCCAAUGAAUUAAAGCAGCCUCGACUGGACGCGAAGGAAGUUUUGCAUGUGUGGCGCCGACCCUUCGAAAUGUUCCUGCGGGAGCCCAUCGUUCUCUUCCUCUCUUUGCUGUCUGGUUUCUCCGAUGCCCUCAUCUUCACCUGCAUCGAAUCGUUCAACCUGGUCUUCAAGCAGUACGGCUUCACCCCCCUCCAGAUCGGAUUCUGCUUCGGCGCGAUCAUCGUCGGAUACGUCGUCGCCUAUGGUAUUUUCCUUCCCGACAUCUGGCGUCAACGGCAGGUCCGACACAAGCACGGCAACGCUUCUCGAUUCCCCGAGCGACGUCUACUUCUGUUGCUCUUCAUUGCUCCACUGGAAACGAUCGGCCUGUUUGGGUUCGCCUGGACCUCCAUGGGACCGGACUACAUGCACUGGAUCGUCCCUCUGGUGUUUAUCUUCCUGAUCGCCAUCGCCAACUACGGCAUCUACAUGGCAACGAUCGACUACAUGGUAGCCGCCUACGGACCGUACUCGGCCUCUGCUACCGGCGGCAACGGGUUUGCGCGAGACUUCCUGGCGGGACUGUCGGCGAUGUACGCAACUCCCAUGUACAGCAACAUCGGCGGCAGAUUCCACCUGCAGUGGGCCAGUACCAUCCUCGGCUGUCUGGCCAUUUUCGUCACGAUCCCCAUCUACAUCUUCUACUGGAAGGGCCCUCAGAUCCGUAAGAGCAGCAAGUUCGCGCAGACGCUGGAGGCCGACCGACAGCUGCACGCCGGUCGACGGGUCAGUCAUAUCAGUGAGUCGGAGAAGCCUUACGCAGCGUAG